AUGGCCGAUACUGCAUUCCGUAAGAUUGAUGUGGACAAACUUGAGGAAGAUGUUUUGUUAGCUACGGAUCUGUAUGACCCCGAUCCUCGUGGACCUGAUGGCGCGUUGGCGGAUGCAAAGGCCAAGACUGGGCAGGUUAGGACGGCAUUGAGUAAGGGAGACACCCAAGGGGCACUAUCAUUGAUACUUACGGAUCCUCCAUACGGGGUUGAAGCUGAGGAGGCCAAGGCUGCGACUACUUCUUCGGUCUUUCUCGUCCUCGCAUCCACUAAAGCAGCUGAUAUACCUAAUAUUCUCCGCUCGCUCGAACCCGAACAACAUGAUACGUUGAUGAAAUAUCUAUACAAGGGGAUGGCAUUGCAGAACGAGGCAACAGUGGAAGUGAAUAGCAGCGUCCUUUUGACAUGGCACGAGAAGUUAACCGAGCUUGCUGGUACUGGGUGUAUUGUUCGGGUAAUGACCGACCGUAGAGUGGUUUGA